CAGAGGGUGUACACUGACAGAGACAUUCACUGACGACCCAUUACUGCUGAUCGCCUUUUCCUUUGAAACAGAAUGCUCAGAAACAGAAUUCGUCGAGACGGAGGUCGAAAAAUGUUUGGAUGUUGGCAGACGGGAACGUGGUGGUGGCUGUUGUUGGGGCUGCUGGGAGGUCGUUGGUGAUGAAGAAUUCGCAAGGAAACGAGACUGCGAAUGGUUUGAAAAAUAAUUGGCCAUGAAAUACGGAACAAAAAAUUGUCGAGAAAAAUUUAUAGCGUCGUUGGUGCAGGUCGAAGUGAGAGUGCGUUAUGUAAUGCCCCUUCCUUUUCCUUCAACACCCACCCGUCAUGAAACUUACCCUCCGUCCCGAAUGGCGGCUAUGGCCCUUCAGCUCCUUCCUCGGCCUCCUCGACAUAAAAACUGGUGUCAUCGUCGCCCUUAUGUUCGUUCUUUUGAACAAGGUUGCUGGAGUAUACGGUCUCAUUGCCGUUGUCACGGGCGCCGGUGGUUCCUUUGCUCAACUCAGCUUGUACAUAUACUCCGUCGUCGCCUUGCUGGGAUUUGGCUGGGGCCUCAACGCUGUCAAGGAGGAAGACCCCAAGCAUACCCUUUACUUUGCACAUCUAUAUUUCGCUGACCACGUCUUCUCCACAUCAUGGACAAUCUUUUUUGCUGUUAUUUGGUGGUUCCAGACGCCUCAUGAUGGGAGCCGCCAGGCAAACUCGCCCGCUCAGACUGAAAUCAUCAAUGGUGCGAUCAUGGCCGGUCAGCCUCUUAGUGAAGAAGAGCGUAUAGAGGCCGCUAUGAAGAUAUGGAAUCACGAAAAGGGAAUGGCAGCUACGGUCAUUGCACUGGGGUGGUUAUCCAAGAUUUAUUUCAUCCUCCUUGUCUAUUCGUACGCAACGCACUUACGAAAGGGUUCCUAUCGUUUGCUUUCGCGGACGAGGCAUACCGGCGGGCCGUCUUUCUCAGCUAACCAUGCUUACGAAUCGCUGGGACUCGGUGACGAAGAGGAGGGAGAGAUAGAAGAUUUCUACCGCACGCCAUCUCGCACUCCCAACACUGGGAAUUCAAUUUCUAGCUUUGCUGAUUUUGUCAAUGCUCCUCCAAGCAGGCCCCGGCGUGUGCCGCCUUCAUCCUUGAGCCGAGGCGGUGUUGUUAGUGGGGAGGAAGACGACAAUAUUUUCUUCGAUGAUGACGAAAUGACCUACACCUCUAGCUCGCGCGGUCACUCAAAAUUUGGAACGGACGAGAGUAGUAGUAACACGGAUGAGGAGCGUACACGAGUAUGAUGAAGGGGGGGAUCUAUUGGUGUCAUCUCUAUUUAUUAAGCUUACAUUGUAGACAUUAUACAAUCUAAUCAUUCUUCACGGGUAGCUCCUUCGAAGGGCCGGGAUCAACAU